AAAACCCGAGAUCGGCUCUCUUCGCUGAUAGUGCUGCGAGCCGCGGCGCCCUGCUCCCACUCCUUUCUUCCACUCCGAGAUGUCGAGGCUCUUUUCCUCGGCCUCCGCAGCGAGGGCGGCGGCCGCGAGGGACACCAACCUCGCCGAGCUUGACGACGAGGAACCCGGCGAGGUCAUCGAGUCCGCGCCGCCCCUCCGCGUCGGGGAGGAGAGGGAGAUAAAUGCUGCCGGCCUCAAGAAGAAGCUCCUCAGGGCCGGUCGUGGUUGGGAGACCCCCGUAUCCGGCGACGAGGUCACAGUUCAUUGCGUGGGUAUGUUGCUCGAUGGAAGCAAGUUCGAUUCCAGCAGGGAGAGAGGCGAGCCACUCACUUUUAAGCUCGGCCAUGGAGAAAUGGUUACUGGUUUGGAUCAAGGGAUAGUUACUAUGACGAAGGGGGAAUUAGCAUUAUUCACUUUGCCUUCUUCAUUGGGCUAUGGAAAUCUUGGUGCUCAUGAUGUUCCUCCUGGUGCUGAUAUUCAGUAUGAGGUGGAGCUAGUGUCAUGGCUGACAGUCAUGGACAUCUGCAAGGAUGGUGGAAUUGUCAAGAAAGUUUUAUCAGGUUGUGAUGAUAGGCAAACUGGGGAUCUUGAUGAAGUUACAGUCAAGUACCAAGUCAGGCUACUUGAUGGAUCAGUUGUUGCAGAAACCGCUGAAGGAGGAUUGGAGUUUUAUAUAAAUGAAGGGCAUCUGUGUCCAGCAUUGCCAAAGGUCCUGAAGACCAUGAAAAAGGGGGAGAAGGCUGUUGUAACUGUUCAACCACAAUAUGCAUUUGGAGAACAAGGGAGAGAUGCUAGUGAUGGAUUUCCUGCUAUCCCCUCAAAUGCUACGCUGAAUAUUGAUGUUGAAUUGUUAUCUUUAAAGCCCGUUCUUGAUGUCAUGGGCGAUUUGAAAGUACUGAAAAAGAUUUUGAGAGCAGGAGAAGGUUUCCGCAGGCCAAAUGAUGGAGAGAUGGUCCGUAUUAGGUAUACUGCCAUGCUAGAAGAUGGCUCUGUGUUUGAGAAAGUAGGCUUUGAUGAGGAGCUCUUUGAAUUUGUUAUAGAUGAAGAACAAGUAAUUGCUGGAUUAGAUUCUGCUGUAGCAACAAUGUUAAAGGGUGAAUUUUCACAAGUGACCGUGAAACCAGAAUAUGGUUUUGGAAAUGAUGAAGUUAAGUUGGCUGUUACAACAGUUCCCCCAUGUUCAACUUUGAUAUAUGAAGUGGAGUUGGUGGACUUUAUAAAGGAAAAGGAACCAUGGGAAAUGAGUGGUCUAGAAAAAAUUGAAGCUGCUGAGAAAUUAAAAAAGGCAGGCAAUGAUCUAUAUAAGAUGGGAAAGUUUCAGCGAGCUGCAAAAAAGUAUGACAAGGCUGUUAACUAUAUUAAUGAAGAUGGACCCUUCAAAGGUGGUGAGGAAAAGCUAGUUAAAACUCUGAGAGUCUCCUGUUGGCUGAAUCAUGCAGCAUGCUGCCUCAAAUUAAAGGAUUUUCAGGGAGCUAUUGAGUUAUGCUCCAAGGUAUUAGAUAUUGAGUACUGUAAUGUGAAGGCUCUAUAUAGGCGAGCACAAGCUUACAUGGAAGCUGCUGAUCUGGACUUGGCUAAGUUGGAUAUUCAGAAAGCACUGGAGGUUGACCCCCAAAACAGGGAGGUUAGAUCCCUACAAGUGACGUUGAAACAGCUUCAGGCGGAGAGCAACAGAAGAGAUGCUAAGCUAUAUGCUAACAUGUUUGAGCGGAUGAGAAAAGACACAGAUGUUGCACUGAAGAGUCUCAAGGUUGAAAAAGCACAGGAUGAUGAAAGGGAUGACCCUGAAGUCCAGACAAUGGACAUUGAAAAUCCCAUGAGAACUGUGGCUGAGAAAGCACAGGAGUUGAAAGUUAAUAUGGAGUCCCAGGCAAUGGAAACUGAAACCCCUCUGGUGGAUGCAGCUUUUGCUGGAAACAAGAUGAUGGUGGAUUUGAUUGAACGAUAAAACAGAUGUUGUUGUUUCUUAGAUAUGUUUAUGAAUUAAUAAAAUCUCAUCUUCCUGCUUA